AUGAGCCAGUACUUUUCCCAGUACGAAGACCUCACCCAUGUUGUCGUCGAAUAUGUACCUCUCGUCGGCACCCUUUACUCACUGUACCGCGGAACCGUCGCCGUGAGGGAGGAGAAUUGGAAGAUUUAUUGGGAGGCAAUCGCCGACUCUUGCGAGAGCUCCAUUCGCGACGUCGUCCUGGUUGGGAAAUGGGCGGAACCCAUCCCAGUUACUCUCGUGCAUAGCAUGGCCGAGUCCUUCACCGAGAAAAUGAUUCACAUCUACCACUCGCCGCCUGAUAAGCCACAGAUCAGGAUCAAGCACGUCCUUAGCAGCAAUUCAUCUUACGUGUUGAUCUCGGAAUCUCGUGUCAGCAAGAACGCGGCCAGGUUCUUUACCGGCAUGGCGAAAGGAGUAUACUACUUCUUCGGUGCCAAUUUUGUUGGCACCUUGACCGAGGAAAACUAUGCCUGGGCUGGAGAGAGGAUACGCCUUGAAGUCCCGCGUGGAUUUUACGACGGCGCGCCCAUCAUGAUGUCGUGGACGUGGACGGUGGAUGCUUCGGGCGUCGAGCAUCGACCGGAAGCUGUGCGUGGGCGGAUACGUUUGCACAAGGGGAAGAUCCCGAGGUUUGACGUGACUGAACGCGUGGCCGCCGGCCAAUGGCAAGGGUACAAGUUCUGGGGAGAGGUCAAGUCGCAAGAUCGCAUUACUGUCUAUAUCCUCAUCAGCGACAGGAACGUCAGGGUGGACAUGAAGAGAGUUCCGGGGACUUAG